ACCUAUACCAGUUGAACAGACUGAAGAAGUGACAGCAGCAGGCUAAGACUAUGAGCUGGAACCCACUCUCUACCCACUGUAUUAGUUACCACUCGGUCGGGUGCGGGUUUCAACGAUUUUUUUUUUACACAACCCGCACCCGCCCGAACCAAACUGCUUCAAUUCGAUUUCUUUCAACUUUUAACCCGAAUACCUGUCAAAGUCUGCCCGAAUGCUUCAUUUCAGUGUUGGGUUCCUCGGAUACGGGUCGGUGAAGGUUUGAUGCUCACCCCUCAUAUGUCCCAAAAACAAUUUUCGAUCCAGAAGCACUAAAUAUGUGCAUCAAAAGCAAGGACAUUAAUUUCUGAAACCACUCUCUGAGCGUAUGGUUUUCCCUUUUAUUCAAUUUUUAUGGGUUAACUUACCAAACACACAAGCACAUUAAUUUCCAGUCCUUUCCCUGCUGCACUUUUCCUUCCUGCAUUGUCAUGUCUUUCAAAUCUGGUUGAUGCAUCCAUCCAUCAACUGUGCGCAGCGAAAGGCAGAGUGGUCAGGGGAUUCGGCCAAUGUGAGUGGGUGGUGGGAUUUCUUCCUUAUCCUUUUGCUGUGGAGUGGCAGGCUUAUCUCUAGCUCAUCCCAUUGAUUUGAUUUAUAUAAACUUGUUCCAUGCACCAUUCCGUGUAGAUCAAAGUCUCAAACAAGUUAGUUAGUUAGGUGCAAUUGGUUCCAACACCAACAUGCAUCUUUUACUUCAGAACCAACUUCUUCACUCUCUGUGGACUCACUCGGCCACUCCUCUAAUCCAGCUUCUUUCCCAGGGUACAAGAGGAAACAACUAAAAAGGGGGAUUAUGGAAAUUUUCUCACAAGUGUGAUUUCCUUGAUUAGUAUAAGGGAUGAUAGAGUCCUUUUUCUUUGGUGAAUCACAAUUGAUACAUGCUGCUGGAUUGGAAAAUGAUAAUCCAGAGGAGCAACCAUCACUAGCUGAACCUCCGAUUAUAUCUAUAGAUGUCUCUCAUUUGUAUCAUACUGAUCAGCGUUUCCCUUUGAAAGAUGAUCUUAUGAAAUGGGUUCGCGACAUUUCUAUGGCAAAUAAUUUUGUUUUGGUGACAACAAAGUCUGAUAGUGGUGCGAAGGGAAGAAAAGAAUAUGUCAUUCUGGGGUGUGAGAAGCAUGGUGCGUAUAUUCCCUACAGAGAACCGGAUCUUGUUGAAGGAACGUCAACACAAAAGACAGGUUGUCCUUUUAGGCUAAAAGGAUGACGUACGAAAGAUGAUAAAGGUUGAUGGUUGAAGGUGAUGGACGGUAGACACAUCCAUCUCGCAGCUGAGUCACUAGUUGGCCACAAUUACGCUGGUAGACUGAAUAGUGAGGCGAAGGAGGACGUGAUAAAUCAGGCUAAGACUUGGGUUCCACCUAGAAAGAUGUUGGCGUCCUUAAAGGAAAAAGAUCCUUCAAACUUGACUACCAUCCAACAAAUUUAUGGUGUUUGCAAGCGGUUCAGACAAUCCGUUCGUGGGUCACUGACAGAGAUACAAUACUUGCUGAAGAAGUUGGACGGUGAGAAGUAUGUUCACUUCGAACGAAAUGAACCCGGAUCGGAAGUGAUUAGAGAUAUAUUUUGGGCUCAUCCGAAUGCCGUCAAACUUUUCAACACAUUCCCAUAUGUAGUGAUCAUGGAUUGCACAUACAAGACCAGCAAAUACAAACUACCCUUGCUCGAGAUUGUUGGCCUGACCUCCACGGAUAAAACAUACUCAAUAGCAUUCUGUUACAUUGGCAGUGAGACCACAGAGGACUACAUUUGGGCAUUGAAGUGUAUGAAGUCUCUGAUUUUCGACCAAUCCAGGUUGCCUAGAGUGAUUGUGACGGAUAGAGAUCUUGCUUUAUUGAGUGCUGCUUCACAAAGCCUUCCCACCACCACCCAUUUACUAUGCUUGUGGCACAUCAACAAGUGUGUUUUGACAAAGUGCAAAGAGUAUGUUGGCACGGAUGAUUUUGCUCAAGAGGUUAUGGACAAGUGGGCCGAAUUGGUAGAUGCUCCAACAGUUCCAGAAUUUGAAGCUCAUUGGAUUGAAUUGUUUAACAUGUGCAAGCAUAAACACAAGUUGAAAUUUGCCACUUAUUGUUCUACUACAUGGUUGGUCCACAAGCAGAAAUUUGCCAAGGCAUGGACAAAUCAUGUGAUGCAUUUUGGAACAACAACAAGUAACAGGGCUGAAGGUACACAUGCCAACUUGAAGUUGAUGUUGCGGAACAGUAAGGGUGACCUGGCCACAUCAUGGAAUGCGUCGCAUAGUUUGACCACCAAUCGCCACACUGAGAUAGUAGCAUCGUUUGAGCGCAGUAUGAAUAAAAUUGAUCACCUUUUCAAGACCCCUUUCUACACAAAUAUUAGGGGAUUUAUGUCAAUCAAAUGCCUGAAACUCAUUGAUGCUGAACUGACAAGAAUGCGAGCCUGCGGCGGCAGAUGCGAUUGCUUAUUGAGAGAGACUCAUGGACUACCUUGCGGUUGUCAACUUGCAGAUUAUGAGAGGAUUCCGUACGAAGCCAUUCAUCCAUUCUGGAAGAGCCUAAGUUGGGAGCAUGUACCUGUUGCAGAUACUGGCAGCUCAGAUAUUUGCGGACUAAACCAUGGAGAGAUGCACCCAGAAGUUGAGGCACUGACACGUUAUUUCCAUUCUUUGGAUACUGGAGGGCAGAGUAUGGUAAGGAGGAAGCUUCAAGCGAUAUAUUGUCCUGAAAGGAGUACACUAUGUACUCCUGAGCUUCGGAUAAAGUCCAACCGCACUGCUAAGUUGAAAGAGAGCAAACAACCCAAGGGUCGAGCAAUAGGAUCCUUGACUCGUGAUCCUUCAGCGUUUGAACUUACAGACAAGAAGAUUAAAGAGGAAAUGAAGUCUUCACAACCAGCAAAGAGGAAGAAGCGUGUGAAGAAGUCAUAAUAAGGGUGGUGCUGGUUCAAGAUGCCCCUUGACAAUGUGAAGGCAAAGAUUCAAGACAAGACAUUGCUGACUACAACAUUCAGAAGGAGUCCAGCCUUCACCUUGUGCUGCGUCUUUGUGGUGGAUUCUAAGUUGGGGGAAUUGUCUCUGUCUGUGCUGUUGGAACUUUUCAAAUUUGUGAACUGUGUGUUAUUGGGUCUCUGUUGACCCAUUUGAACAAUUAUGGUUUGUUAUAGCCUCUUGAACAAGUAUCAUUUGUUGUGGCCUCUAAUGGCCUGUGAUUUAAUUCAGCAAUUUCUGGUUACACGAGGUACAUAUAGCUAAAAAUUUAAUGUUUAUUUUUGCUUCAUGAAAAUUGUAUUGCAAAAAGGGGGUUCCAAA